UUGUUAUGUUUUGUAGUGGUUUUUAUCAAAAACAAACAAUCAGUUACAGUGCUAAUGAUUUAUUCUUAUCCUUUUCCCAGUAAACUGUACAAUGUUGGGUGAUGACGUUGAGAAGCGACACGACCCUCCGGGCGUUAACUCUCGCUCUCUGAGUGUCGCUCAUACUGCUGCCGAUCUUGAGGUGCUACGUGAAAUAGAGAAUGUUUAUUUCUCUCCACCUUCGGAGUUCGACGCAGCACGCUAUGUGUUGUCACAUGCGCCUUCACCACCCACGUGCGAGGCUGUCGAACUCAUGUUCACCAAGUUGAAGCGACAGCAACAGGUUGUUUCAGGUAAAGCUCUACAUUUGAUAUCGCAACAGAGAGAUAAUUGCGACAGAGAAUUUACAGAGAUACAAAACAUACGCCAACAGCUCGCUAAAACUUUAGAUAUAUGUAGAAAAGCGAGAGAACAUUUAUCAAUCGCUUCAAAUAAUCUCACAAUAUCGACAUUUGUAAUUCUAGCUAAUGUUAAAAAGAGACAGAUAAUUAAAUCUAUAUUAAAAUCAUUAGAAUUACUUCAAAGUUUAAGAUCUGUAGAGAAAGAUGUUGCUGAAUUAUUAAAUAAGAAAGAAUAUUAUUCAGCUAUUGAAUUAAUACUAAAAAGCCGUAAAGCAGCUGCCAAACAUAAAGAAUAUACUUGUAUAGCUGAUCUAUCUAUCAGAUUGAAUGAUACCUUAGAUAUGACUGAAGAGAAAUUAGAUUCAGUUCUAGCUAAUAUAUGUUAUAACUUCGAUGAAGAUGUUUUUAAAAAAUUAAAGAAAGCCUACGAUCUUUUAGGUAAAACUCAAGCUGCAAUGGAACAAUUGCAUAUGCAUUAUUCAUCUGCUGUUAAUGAAUCAGCAAUAGAUGCUAUGAAACCUUAUACAAAUUCUAAUGAUAUGAAAUUCCAAGAUAUAUGUGGUCAAAUAAAUCCAAAUAAAGCACCAAAUUGUCUAUUAAAUUUAUGCGAGAAAUUGUUUCUGGUUAUGAGAAGUUAUUAUUUAUUAGUCGAUUGGCAUAAUAAAUAUUACGAUGAAGAGAUUAAAUCAAAUAAUGUAUUUGAUAUAGAAAGAAAUGUAAGCAAAGAAUAUAUCAGACAGAAGUUAAAAGCUGGUUUAAUCAGAAUAUGGAAUGAUGUUCAAGCUAAAGUGUCAACUUUUUUGAAAAGUUCAGGUUUAGAGGAUUAUCCAUUUGAAAAAUUUAUACAGAUGUUAGGUAUUUUGAGGAAAUUAACACAAGUGGCGGAGAUAUUUUGCGGUGAUAAAUCCGAUUUGUUACAAGAUUUCAUUAAAACUCAAAGCGUAUCGUAUAUUAAAAACUAUCAUAAAGGUAGAAUGGAUGAAUUGAAGUUAUUCUUAGAGAACGAAGGUUGGGAACAAUGUCCAGUGAAAUCAACAUUCAAUUUAUUAAAUUUACAAGAAUUCAAACAGUUCAAAAAGUAUUUGAAUCCAAAAAUGGAUCAAUCUUUAAAUAAAACUAGUACACAAUCUGAAACGAAUGAUACAACAUCAUCUAUACAUUCACAAGACGAUAGUCUUUAUAUUGCAAGAUAUUUCAAAUAUAAAACAACACAUACACCAUUCGAGAUAUUUCGCAAUGAAAAUAUCACUAACGAUGAUAUAUUUGGUAUUGAAACUGAAUUGGUACCUAGUGAUGAUUCUGAAGAUGAACCUGAUGAAUUGAAAAGAGAUUACGUUGAUGAUGAUAGAGUACCUUUCGAUAAAAUUACGAAUAAUAAAGAUAGCGUUAUUGUAACUAACACAACUUUGUCUGUUUUAAGAAAUUGCGGACAAUAUCUUCAAAUUAUUAGAUAUUUACCUCAAAUAUCAUUAGAAGUUAUUAUGUUAAUGAAUCAAUUAUUCGAUUAUUAUUUCUAUGCUGUCCAUUUAUUUUUCACUUCUGACUUAGAAGUAGCAUCGUCUACUUUGUACACAAGUAAAUUAACAUCUACCCUCAAACGUAUAUCGAAUAAUAUAAAUUCAAACCAAGACGAAAGUAAAAAUUUCGUCCUAUCACCGGAAUUGCCACAACAUUUAGAUAUGAAUUCUGAAGCUACAUUACACGGGUUAAGUGAGAGAAUAGUUGCAGUUGAAAGUGUUAUAUUUUUAGCUAAACAAUUCGAAUUACUUCAACCUUAUUUAGAAACAAUAGUAGCACAACAUCAAAAGAUGAUUUUAGAACAUUUUAAAGAUAACACUUUAGCAGUUGCGACAGAUUUACGAAUGCCUAUAUAUAUGUGUUCAGCAGCUAAAGCUGUAGACGCACGAUCAUCUUUAAUAGCAAUGUCGCAAGUUAAAUGGGACGUGAAAAACGUCGCAGUGGAACACAGCCCUUACGUUGAUAUGAUAGUUAGGAAAAUUCAAGUAUUCGCGUUACGUUUAGAAAAUAUAUCAACUAAAGUAUCCUUAAAUCGUGACGUUUUAAAUUCUAUAUGGUCUAUGGUAUCUAAAUUCAUCGUGCAUUUAUUAGUUGAAGGUUUUUCGAAUGCGACAAAAUGUACGAAUGGAGGUCGAGGUCUUAUGCAAUUAGAUUAUAGGCAAUUGUUCGUUAAAUUGGAGAAAAUAUCAGGUUUGAAGCCAAUACCUUAUCAGGAUUAUGUAGAUAGGUAUGUGAAAGCUUAUUACUUACCUAGGAAAGGUCUAGAAAAGUUUAUACAGGAAAGAAUUGAGUAUUCGAAUAAACAUUUAUUAGCGCUAAUUACUUGCGCUUGCGAGAAUAAACGAGAUAGACAAGCGUUGACAGCUAUUAUAGAAGGAAGAGAACUAUCUCAGUAAAUCCUAACUUAUUAAAGAAAAAUCUAAAAAACGUUCCACAUAAUUCGUUUUUCUGAUUCAAGUAUAUUAAAAAAAAAUACUUUUAAGUCGAUCUUAUAAAUGAAAUGAUUAUCAAAAUACUCCCGCCAUUUUAUCUG